GAACCUGGCGUAUGUGGAUUGAUUUGACACUUCAUUCUCUAAUCAAUCCGCCUGAACGUCGAUUAUUCUUGUUAUAUUUACAGUAAAACUUGGUAAUUUGAGAAGAUGUGUCUUGCAUCUUUGCGAGAUUGGCCGUAAUUUAUCGCAAUAUAAUUCCGUCGAUCCUCUCGCCUAGACACCUAUCUCGCCUAUAUCCUCCACCGGAAUGCUAACGCCCUUUGCCUACCAGGCUGGGUCAAUCAAUAACGUUUCAACAACCACAUCAUAUCGUUUGAGCUUGUAUACUUGACGACUUCUAGCAUUUACUUCUUCCAUGCCUCGACCCAUGCAAGUUUCAACAAUGUGCAUAGUCGGAUGGAAUGCUUCAAUUCAAGGAUGCAAUGGUUCGAUGUAAGUGAAGCCCCAAUUAUACACGUGAUACGGCCGCUAGCCCGCCAAACCAUCGAGACAGCUCGAAAAACUUCAAGACGCUUCCUCAGACGCCCGCACGCGACGACUCUUCGAAUUGAGCAACCCCCAGCCAACCGCAAUCACAAAAAUGGCCAUGUCUUGUCGGUACGCCGCCCAGAGCUGUGCUCGCCACCUCCGAUCCGCUCGCGCUGCCCGGGCACCCACACAGUUCGUCCGAAUCUCAGCUGCCUCGAGGAGAUGGAACUCAACCGAGGCCGCUCCUGCCAACCCCAAGAUCGAAGCCAUUGUCGAUCAGAUCAGCCAGCUUACUCUCUUGGAGACUGCUGACCUUGUUUCAAGCCUCAAGACCAAGCUCAACAUUCCCGAUAUGCCCAUAGGCGGCUUUGCUGCUGCUGCUCCCGCUGCUGCCCCUGCCCCCGCCGAAGAAGCCGAGGAGGCUGCUCCUGCUGCCGCCGAGAAGACACUCUUCACCCUCAAGUUGCAAGGGUUCGAUGCCCCAUCCAAGGCCAAGGUUAUCAAGGAGAUCAAGAACAUGCUCGGUCUGAGCUUGGUGGAUAGCAAGAAGUUCGUCGAGAGUGCGCCCAAGAUGAUGAAGGAGAACGUCCCGAAAGAAGAUGCUGAGAAGAUUAUCGCCGCCAUGAAGGAGCUGGGCGCCACUGUGGUUAUGGAGUAAAAUGGUUGGAUCUCUGGGGCACAACGACUGGCGACUUGGCACGAUAGAUGGCUGGAUUGCAUGUGUAAAAACAUCUGUACUAGUAUCUAACAAUAUGUACCCUUAGAAAGGCUCAUUUAGCGAUGGGUUCUUUUUAAUUAUGAUAUCAUAUUGAACAAAUGUAUUGUUCACCUACAUACGACCUCAAUUCUCAUGGCAGGUCGAUCUGAAACCUCGCUACGCUAGCCAGCCAUGCCGAAAACGACGGGUAUCAAUACUUUUCUCUCAAUCCCAAUUCGAGCCCAGAACCGAACGCCGACAAAUAUCCAUAACAAUGCAAGAUGAUUCGGUUCCAUUUAGUGACGGUUGCCGUUCGCUGCUCCAUGAUGAUGCUGGCAAUUAGACUGAAUCUCCAUCUCUUUUUGAAAGUCAUCCAGCUCUUCGGUGAGCAGACGGUCGUCGUCUUCUCCAAAGUCGCUCGUUUCCUCCCACAGUCUGUCCAUCUCAGCGUUCUCGGCUUUGGGGACUGCCCAAAUGCUUUCGCGCUCACGCUUGUGGCGCUCGCGG